GCGAAGAGUGGGAAACAAUUCGGACGCCGCAACCGCCGUGGGAGUCGCACCGCUACUUCCGACGAAACAGCACCCUAAGGGAUAAACACCUCGUUACUAUCGUCUUAGCUUAGCAGGGAGACAGUCCAACCGAGAUGUCCAGGCCAAUCCUUAGCAGGCCGCGUACGUUCAUCUACGGCAGCAACUACGACAAGGGCGAGUCCUACUACAAGCCCAUGGUCGACCACCUAGACCGAAAGUACAGCGGGCGGCCGUUGUUUCCGGAGCCGAGAAACUCACUAGCUGACGAGAUCGCGGCCCGCCGUAGCGACAUCGGCACACGCGACCUCUCCGGUCCCCGCACUGGCCGCGACCCCGACCUCGAAUUCGACCCCCGUACCCGCGCCUCCCAACUACCACCCUUCACCGACCCUCUACUACCCCCCGACGACGAGGACACCGUCUACGACAGCCGUGGGCAACGUACGCGCCGCAGGCUCGGCGACGAUUUCGCGGAGGAUGUAUCGGCGACGACGCGCCGCUUCCGAGCCCGGGUGGCGGCAAUGGGACUCGAAGACGAGCUCGAGGCCUCGACCGCCGCGAGUCAGGCCAGAAGGAGCGCUGCUGACCUCCUGGAGAGCGCGGUGACCGCGCGCAAAGGCGCCAGGACGGCGAUCGAGGAGGCCGAGGGCGGCUUCAAGAGGCGCUCUAGGCUGUUCGACGAGCUGGAGCGUGCCGACGAGGGCAAGUCCGCGCUCAUCAGAUGGUCCAAGCUGAUCAACGAGGACGACGAUCUGCUGCCGACCAGCGCCGCCGCCAGUAGGGCUAUGCAGACGAAGGCGCGCCUGCAUGACAUCGAGUCAGAGAUGGAAGAGCUAGCUGAGAGGCAAGCCAAGAGGGAACGCAGGGCGGCAGCCCUCAGGGCGUUGGUGAACGAGAGCGCGGCCGCGGCCGACGAUCUCGUUCAGCAAUCGACGGUCAGCAAGAAGGUGUCGAUGCGCAGCGUGCAGGAGCGCGCGGAGAAGCACGUCAGCUUCUAGACGACGCGAGAGAAUCGCCGUAUCUCGCAUCUUUGAUCAUUUUCACGACGAUGCCUUACAGCCGAUGCGUUGCGCUCGCGUUCGGAAACUGAAGACCAGCCUGGCUGCAGUCUUUACUCAACGUUGCUCAAUGAGAUUUCAUUAUUAAGGACUGUCUAUAAUAGCUGUAAAGUAUGCGCGUAAGUAGGAAGUAAAUUGACCAAUUGGAUUCUUACAAUACAACAAGAAUAAUCGACUGUGUUUAGUCAAUUAGCUUACUGCUUAUGUCUUAUUACAUAUUUUACUAUUAUUGUAGACGGUCCUUUAGAGGUCAUUGCAUGUGAAAGAAUUUUAGUCGUAAUAAAAAUUUGAGUUUUGACAAUUUUAGUCACAAAAAAGUUGCAACACUUUUUCGAUGAAUUUCGCAACGUGUCUCAUAUCCAAUAGGAAAAGAUAUCUCCUGGGAAUUACUAAAAAAUAAAUUCUCCUACUGAAUAUGGGAUGCGUUUUGAAAACUUGUUAAAAAAAAAGUGUUAAAACCAUUUUGGGACUGACCAUACGUGAAAUGAGCGGUGCUAAUGGCUGUUGCUGUACAAGGUGAGGCGAUAACUAUUACCACAAUGAAUAUAUCUUCGAAAUAUGCGAGAAAAAUGUAUCCAACUGAAAUUACAUUGAUACUAACGGUUAUUACUUUAAACAUCUAUUUUCGUUCAUCUUCUAUCCGUAAAGUAUUUUUGUUUUCCAAAGAUAUAUUCGAGAUGGUGAUAAUUAUUUUUCUCACCCUGCAUAUCACAUGAAAAAUAUUCAUGAGCUUUGUAAAACGAGAAAUUUCAUUCACUGCUCUUUUUUUUGAGAACGAAUUCGAGGCAAUCGCCCAAGUGACGUCAUUUCAGUCUGCGAUCGUAAUACGAAUGGUCGUGAAUCGGCUCGCUGUAAGACACUGUUGUACCCCAACACGUAUGUCUCUAGAUGUCUCUUCUUCAAUGUAUCACGCGGCGACCGUGUUUGCGUUUCUGGCAGUCGCGCGAUCACACUGGUCGCUGAUUUGUCGUCGCGAAAGGAACAUACGUCGGCUCCGUUAACGAAUAGGACUGCGUGUUGAUCCGAUAAUUCUCAUCUCGGACACCUGCGUGUCCACGAUGUAGCGUGUGUAUGUUCGUUUCGCGUGAUUCUACAAAUACGAAUGUAUCAGUAUAUUAAUGCGAGACGCAUCGCUCGGAAGUAUAUUCGAUCGACUGUGUUCCUCCGACUGCUGGAAAUUGGAUCAUCUUCUCGGCUUGCUCUUAUCUUAUCCUUUUCAACUGCCUUUGAUCGAACUCUUCGUCGAGUUGAAUCAGUUCCAAUUAUCGCUAAGUCGACCUUGCUCGCGCGAGACGCUCUUGCUUCAACUAGAUUGCUCAAAAUCGAAUGCACUUCCGGGCCCUGUGCCUCGCAUCGUGAUAUAAUUUUUCGCUUUUCCGCUCCGCGAAAACGCGAUUCGUGGGAGCUUGUUGAUUGUUCCUAACGAACGAGAGAACAUUGCGUUCGGAAGCGCUAUAAAACAUUGUCAUGCGGAAUCGUUAACGCAAUAUCAAAUUAAAGAAAUGCAAAAAAAAUCGCGUUCUACCGCACCCACCUCCGAGAACAUAUCUAUAUUUUCAUUUCAGAGAAGUUAUUUUUCGUUACUCGGGGACGCACUCUAUAAUGUGUCACUUACAAGCUUGAUAGCUUUGUCAUAGGCUUUCGAAAAAAAAGCCCACAAAACUUUCGUCGGAUUCAUUCUGUCUACAUGUAAUCCUCUUUCUUAUACAUGAAUAAAUCUCGUUUGAAAUGUUCUUUUCGGAAAACA